GAGAGAGCAGUCAGUGUAGACUCUGCUGGCCGGUUGUGGUGGAAAUGUGUUUGUGACUGAACAUCCGAAGCGUGCAGGCGGAUGAUAUUCACCGGCUGAUCUCUAGGCGGAAUGGAGGUCUAUCCUUCCGAUAGUGAAAGGAUGAUGGAGGCUUGGCUUGACGACAACCUAGAGUUCGCACAUUCUUACUUUGUACGCAAGGCUUCCCGGGAAAUGGUCAAUGCCUGGUUUGCUGAGCGUGUACACUCCAUUCAACCAUCUAGGGAACCAUCAAAAGCUGUGCCAGAACCUGUAACAGCAGUCCAUUCUCUUGGUCCAACUGACGUGGUGCCAUCUUCAAGUCCAGCUCCAUCCACCCCAACACGAAAGAUCUCUGCAUCUGAGUUUGACAGGCCGCUUCGCCCCAUAGUCGUGAAAGACGCAGAGGGUUCCUUCACUUUCCUGAGUGACACAGAAAGGGUGCAGAUGCCGCUUCCUCCUUCCCAGCGGCCAGGCUCAGACAAUGGGACAGAUGAGGGUGGAGGUAUUAGAGAUCGUGGUAAUGGGGACCGAUGUGCUCGUCUGUUGGAGCUUGUACGUGAUGUUUCAAGUCAUUUGGACCUUACUGCCCUCUGCCACAAGAUCUUUUUGCAUACCCAUGAGCUGAUAGCUGCAGAUCGCUACUCGUUGUUCUUGGUUGGGGAGGACAGUUCAAACAGAAAGUUCUUAGUUAGCAGGCUUUUCGAUGUAGCAGAAGGAUCUACUCUUGAGGAGUCUUCAAACAGUGGCAUCCGCCUCGAAUGGAACAAAGGAAUUGUGGGAUACGUUGCAGCCACUGGACAGCCUCUCAACAUCAAGAAUGCAUAUGAGGAUUCACGCUUUAAUGCAGAAGUGGACCAAAUUACAGGCUAUAAGACACAGAGCAUCUUGUGUUUGCCCAUCAAAAACCACAGAGAUGAGGUUGUUGGUGUAGCUCAAGCGAUCAAUAAAAAGUGUGGAGAGAACAGCACCUUUACAGAACAGGAUGAGAAGGACUUUUCUUCGUAUCUGGCUUUCUCUGGCAUAGUGCUACACAAUGCCCAACUCUAUGAGACAUCACAGCUAGAGAACAGGCGAAACCAGGUGUUGCUGGAUCUGGCUAGUCUGAUCUUUGAGGAGCAGCAGUCACUGGAGGUCUUACUGAGGAAAACUGUGGCCACCAUCUUAUCUUUCAUGCAAGCCCAAGAAUGCACAGUGUUCAUUUCUGACAGAGAAACAGCUAACACAUUUGCCAGUGUGUUUCACAUGGAAUAUGAGGAGAUUGCUGGAUCCACAGACUUCCCAAACAGAGAAUGUGACGUCAACAAGAUUAACUACAUGUACGCUCAGUAUGUCAAAAACACUAUGGAGACACUGAACAUCACAGAUACCACCAAAGAUCAGCUAUUUUCAUGGACAAGUGAAGAUCCACAGUCCACGAACUGUCAAAUCAAAAGUCUGCUGUGCACACCAAUAAGGAAUGGGAAGAAAGACAAAGUAAUAGGCGUCUGCCAGUUAGUCAAUAAGAUGGAUGAAGCUUCAGGGGAGGUGAAAGCCUUUAAUAGGAAUGAUGAGCAGUUUCUAGAGGCCUUUGCAGUCUUCUGUGGCCUGGGCAUCCAGAACACACAGAUGUAUGAAGCAGUGGAAAGAGCAAUGGCCAAGCAAGAGGUCACACUUGAGGUCCUCUCUUAUCAUGCCUCCGCUGCGGAGGAAGAGACGCGGGCGCUCCAGGUAACGGCGGCAGCUACGAUCCCCUCCGCUCAGUCUCUCAGACUGAUGGACUACAGUUUCAGUGAUUUUGACCUGACAGAUGCUGAGACGACCCAGGCAACCAUCCGCAUGUUUGUGGACCUCAAGCUUGUGCAGAAUUUUCAGAUAAAGUACAAGAGUUUGUGUCAGUGGAUCUUAAGUGUCAAGAAGAACUACAGAAAGAAUGUGGUCUACCACAACUGGAGACAUGCCUUCAACACCUCCCAGUGCAUGUUUGCUGUGCUGAAGUCUGGCCGUGUUCAGAAUAAUCUGAGUGAUUUGGAGACUUUAGCUUUAAUGAUUGCAACAUUGAGUCAUGAUUUGGACCACCGAGGGGUCAACAACUCUUACAUAAAAAGAAGUGACCAUCCACUGGCCCAACUGUACUGCCACUCCACAAUGGAGCAUCACCACUUUGACCAGUGUCUCAUGAUUCUCAACAGCCCUGGUAAUCAGAUUCUGAGUGGUCUUUCCCUGGAUGAGUACAAGGCGACACUGAAGAUGAUUGAGAAGGCUAUUUUGGCCACUGACCUGGCUGUCUACAUGAAAAAAAGAACAGAAUUCUUCGAGCUAGCUAAGAACAGUCAGUUUGAAUGGGAAGAUGAUUGCCACAGGGAUCUAUUAAGGUCGAUGCUGAUGACAGCAUGCGAUAUAUCUGCUAUUACAAAACCAUGGCCAGUUCAGAAGAAGAUAGCAGAACUGGUUGCCACGGAGUUCUUUGAGCAAGGCGAUAAGGAGCGGAGAGAGCUAAACAUUGAACCUAUUGAUCUGAUGAACAGGGAGAAACAGGAUAAAAUUCCCAGCAUGCAAGUGUCAUUUAUUGAUGCCAUUUGUACACAGUUAUAUGAGGCUCUGACUGGGAUCUCUGAGUUCUGCUCCCCCCUGCUGGAGGGCUGCCGGAAGAACAGGCAGAAUUGGAAGAUUCUUGCUGAACAAGGAGAGGAAGCAGCGCUGCUAAAUGGAGAACUGUAACUGUUCAUACUUCCUUUGACUAUUCUCGUCACUCCACACACCUUUUCCUGAGACUGAAGGACUGCAUGACUUGGGUGUAAUGACACCGAUCCAGGCAUUUCACCCAGCACACUGGAGCAGGCUUUAAAAGGUUAAUGUUGGGUUAAAGUAGCAGCAGACUACAGUAACAUCUUCAAUCAAGACAACAAGUGCUGUAAAAGACUUGAUGGGGAAGCAAAGGAUGGAAGGAUCGAGUAAUGCAGCUGAUGAAUAGAUGUUUAAAACUGUGACUAAACCAUCCUGACCCAUUUGAGGAAUGUUCCAGGUUCAGUUCAAGUUCUUACCAAAGCAUGCGUGACACGCUGACUAAUACCACAGAAACAUAUUUUGAUAUGCUAUAGUUAGAAUCAAAAGCUGGAAUCUCUGGUGAAAUGUCACCUGUCAGUCUGUCUGAGUCUGAAAACAUUUCAGAAGUAGCGUUACCGACAUUAUUUGCAUAAUACUUAGUUGGAUCAUAACCAAAGCAUAGCCAGAGCUAGCAUCCAUUUAGUUGUUUAAACAUUUAAAUGAGAGAUAGUUCACCCAAAAAUGUAUAAAUGCUCAGCAUUUACUCACCUUCAGUUGGUUUUAAACCUUUAAUGAUUCUUUUUAUUGUUGUUGAACAAAAAUGAAGAUAUUUUGAAGAAUGCUGGAAACUCAUAGCCAUUAAUUACAUAACAGGAAAACAAAUACUAUGGAAGUCAAUGGCUGCAGCUUCUAGCAUUCUUUAAAAUACCUUUUUUGUUAACAGAAACAGGUAUGGAACAAGUAAAGGACAAAUUUAGAUUUUUUGGUAAACUAUUCAUUUAAGCUUCAUUAACUAAUAGCAGCUAAGUAUUGUGUUUAGAAGCACUCAAUUCAUUAAAACAACAAAGCCAAGCCUGUUGACCAGCAGUAGGGUCUACAUUUCAGAAUAAUGCAAACUUUACCGAAACUGCUGUCAGUGAUGUUUAGGUCACACACAGUGAUAACAUGAACUAGCUCACAAUAGCAUAGACAACACAAGUUAUGAGAAUUCUUUGAUAAGCACUUACCUUUGCCCCGAACAUGUCGUGCCGCAGACAGACACUGCUGAUAGUGAACAUACAGUUUUAGAAAACAGUGGCUCUCAUCUCAUCCACUAAAUACGUCUACAAACAAAUGAUGCAUGAAAUGUGCAUAUGAAGAUCAUGAUUAAUAAAAAACCUUCCAUUAUAAAUUGGAUUCUAAAUAUACCAAAA